AUGGCCUUGUGCUCGCUGGCGUUCUCCACCUCUGCAAAGCGCUCUUGCGACUUUGCAGCCCCACGUUCGCCCCUCAACAAGAGAGUCUGCUUGUCCAGAAUAGAGUUGAACUCUCCUCAGAAGCGUUACCCAAGGGUAUCCUUCGACAAGCUGUUGCCUGCUCAGGCUUGCUACUCCUCCUCCUCUGACUCGGAAAACGAUUCUGACGACCAGUCUUGUUACAAAGCGGACCAGAUUCGUGCAAAGAGAAGAGCCUCCUCUAGAGUUUCCUUCUCUUUGAAUAAUGAGUUGUCCAAAGCGGUUUCCCAAUACAGCGAUGACGAUGACAACCUGUACGAGCCUCUUGAUACAAAGGCCGUUCUGCAGGCUGGUGAUGACAACAUUGACUGCAAGUUGUUGAGCUCCCCAUGUACUUCUUCGGUGUACAUUUGCAACAACAACGGCAACGUCCAGAUGUCUCACCACCGCAACUCGUCCACUGGAAGCUUCUUGCACAUCUCCGACAGUAAUUCCUCGACAGCCAGUACAAAGAAAUGCAUGCCAGAAGCUGACAAGAACUCGAGAAGUAGAUGUUUCGACUAUCUUGUUGGCGCUAUUGAUGAGGCUUGGGCUAGAUAUUGCGACGUCGCUUCUUAUGUUGAAGAUGAGACAUAUGGUUACAACACUCCUUGUUCUGUCGCUACUGAUGACGAGGAGUUUGGAAAUACCACUGACUUAACUGACUACGAAAGUGACUUUGAGCAUGUUCCCAAGCCAUCCUUUGGAAGAAAGCCAUCAUUGAUGAAUCCUUCUUCCAUGACUACCAUGUCUGCAGACCCUGCCCUGGCAUCCACAAAGGAUGCUUCUUGCCAAUUGCAGGAGUUGAAAGAUCGUUUGAUCAGGGCAAAGUACUUUUUGCAAGACUUGGUUGAUUCUGAUGAUUACAACGACGCUUCUGACUUUUGGAAACGUUGGGAUAUGAUCAAAUAUGCCACCAUCGAGUUGGUAGAAGAUGAUGACGACGAUGAAGUUAUCGAAGCAACAAUCGAUGACUUGGAAGAUGGUCGUCUUUUCACCAACUGA